CGUGAGUAGCCGGGCAGCAGGCAGAUCUCUCGUAAGCACGAGGUUUGCAUCCGCGAGCCCGGUCAUCGAUCGGCCUCUCAGUAAUUUCAGGCUUGCUCGAAUGCAAGACCGACGCUGAUACGCUGAUGCUGUUGCAACAAGAGGUGUGCAAGCCAGCCUUACGCACGCCUUCUAGCACCACGAGAGACCCAGAAUAUAGCAAGAUGGGUCCUCCUGUCAGACAGAGAUAUAAUGCGAAAGCGCGACAAUCUACGAUCGGGGGAUUAGCACACAAGAAGCGUCGACGCAGUACGGUCAAUAACGAGGAUGUUCCCGUUGGUACCCUUGCGAGCGAGGCUCCGGCCGAGCUGGAUAUGAUCUCGCCCGGGCAAAAGGAGACGGAGAGACAGUCUAGACUUGAAGCUAUGCGACGUGAGAUCACGGACCAAGGCGAGCAACUCAGCUCGAAGAAGCGGAAACGGCUAGACGCAUUCAUAAACAAGAAACUCAAGCAAGAAUCUCGUUUGGAGUCUCUGGAAACUAUUGCGAACUCUUACAAGCUCGCCGGAUCGUCAGGCGGAGCUGGACCGUCAUCUGCGACCAUCGCUUCGAUAGCCUCGAGGUUGAAAUCGACGUCUACUCUAGGUCAAUUUCCCUCCAACCCUCUUAGUGCCCAGCAGAGAGUCGACAAGCGCGAAGACUUGGAUGUCAGGAGAGCAAUGCACAAGACUGCUCAGCGGAAUGGAAUCACCUACGACGAUGAUGUUUCGGAUGCAGACGACGAUGAGCAUACAUCAGCUCACGGAGCCGGUGAAGGCCUUGGGCAUAGACAAGCUAAACGCCUCAAGAAAGCCGAGAAGAAUGGGAUAAUCGUGGAUGUCGACCAGCAGGACGAAGUUGGCUCAUCGUCCGAUCCAGUGAAAGGCAAGGUACAUAUCACGAACAAGGCCAAGAUGAGGAGAGUGAAAAAGGACAAAUGGGGAAAUCCGAUCAUCGUUACAAACCAUACCGAGUCAGAACUGGAUGACAGCACCGAUUCAGACGGCGAACAAGGGAACCAAGCGACUAGUCCUGAAGACGCCGAUCUGGAGAAGCUGUUGGCGAUGGCAGUAGAGGAGGACUUGCCGGUCGGGACUGUGAAGCCUGAUUCGUCCAUCCCAUUGAGUUUAUCACUAGGUUCCGCUCUGAAGCGGGCUCCCGAUGGGUCUGUGAUAGGACCGAAAGUGGUGGUUCGAGCCGCGAAAGUGAAAACCACCCGAAUGUCUGGAGCAGAAAAGAGACUGCUGAGGAAAAGGCAAGCUAUGUUGGACGCUGCUGACGAAGACGAAACGGACAGCGACGAGGAUGAAGAUGAUGAAGAUGAGGAUGAAGACGAGGAUGUUGAGGACGAUGACAGCGAGGACGACGAAGACGUAAUCGUGCGUGCGGAGAGUCGUUCAGCAAACAGCGGUCCGUCAGACCUGAAUUCAGGAAGCGAAGCCGGCGUCGAGUCUGAUGAAGAAGGCGAUCUUGAGAUUGCCGAGGGCUCCGAUACCGGUUCCUCCGACUCGGAAGCCGACCCUACGAUGAACGAUCUUGCAAAGCAGAAAAGGCCCAAAUUCCGACAAUGGGCACUGCAACAAACCGGCGUCAACCUUGCUCCUGACUUGCUUGCUCUGAACAAGCCGUACGUGGAAGGACCAUCGUCCGGGCCUAGCAUGCCGAAAGUAGGACCUCUCGGGGAAGAGUACAGCGUACCAUCCACGUCUUUGCUAUCGAGGGAUGGCGGUACGCCAGAGUCCCAAACCAGGCAGAGGGUUCCCGGGGCUCGUCCUAUCCUGAAACGUCGGCCAUCAGUGGACGAGGCGCGACAACAACUGCCUGUCGUAGCCGAAGAGCAAGCGAUCAUGGAAUCAAUUUUGCUACAUCCCGUGGUCGUAAUCUGUGGGGAGACGGGAAGCGGAAAGACUACACAAAUACCACAGAUGCUUUAUGAAGCUGGUUUCGGAUUCCCAGGAUCGGACAAUCCCGGUAUGAUUGCUGUCACGCAACCCCGUCGAGUCGCUGCGGUCUCCUUGGCGGUCAGAGUUGCCUCUGAACUAAAUCAAGGGCCAAAAUCGAAUCUGGUUGCACAUCAAAUCCGAUAUUCAUCUACGACUUCGAAAGAUACGGCGAUCAAGUUCAUGACCGAUGGUGUGCUGCUGAGAGAGCUUUCCACCGAUUUUCUUCUGAGCCGAUAUUCGGUUGUAGUGGUUGAUGAGGCACAUGAGAGAGGAGUCAAUACCGAUGUGCUGGUAGGAGUCUUAAGCCGCGUCGCCAAGUUGCGAGAGAAGCUGUGGCGAGAGAAAAAGGACGACACCAAGCCACUACGCAUUGUUAUCAUGUCGGCGACGCUCAGAGUAUCAGAUUUCGCCGCAAAUACCACCUUGUUCGCCAAACGGCCUCCCGUCAUCGAGAUUUCUGCCCGGCAACAUCCCGUUACGGUCCACUUCAGUCGCAAGACAACAAACGAUUACGUGACUGAGGCCUACAAAAAGGUCUCCAAGAUCCAUGCGAGGCUCCCAGCCGGCGGUAUCUUAGUCUUUAUGACGGGUCAGGGCGAGAUCACCUCUCUCUGCCGAAAGCUCGAGCGUAAAUUCGGCAAACGGGCGAUUCAGGAACGUCAGAAAGCCAGGGACAAAUCUCAGCAGACCGGCUUAGCUAGAGACGAAGCAGCCCGAGCAUGGGAACUUGAGGAAGUUGACGCCGGUUCCACGACCGCAAAAUCGGCCUCUCUCGUAGAUGCUGCACUUGAGGUAGAGGACCUUGAUAUCGGAUACGACGACGAUCUUGCCGGCGAUGUAGACGAUGGUGAAGAGGAUACUUCUCAUGAUCCCGAAGCACUCGAUUCCGAGGAGGAGGAUGAUGAGGAUGCGAGGCUCGGAAUCGAUACUGAGGAGUCAGAAGUCCCCCUACAUGUGCUGCCGCUGUACUCUUUGCUCCCAAACGAACAACAACUGAAGGUAUUUGAGGCUCCGCCGGAAGGACACCGUCUGGUUAUCGUCGCAACGAAUGUAGCAGAGACUUCGUUGACGAUCCCGAACAUGAAAUAUGUCGUGGAUACUGGACGAGUAAAAGAGCGUCAAUACGAUCCGUCUUCUGGCGUGCAGACUUUCCGGGUCGCUUGGAUAUCCAAAGCGUCGGCGGCGCAGCGGGCGGGGCGAGCGGGUCGUACCGGACCAGGCCACUGCUACCGGCUUUUCUCCUCCGCAAUGUUCGAGAAUCACUUUCAAGACUUUUCGAUGCCUGAGAUCCUUCGGAUGCCGAUUGAGGGGAUCGUACUGCAAAUGAAGAGCAUGAACAUCGACGCCGUAGUCAACUUCCCGUUCCCGACACCGCCUGACCGCAUCUCGCUGAAAAAGGCAGAGUCUCUGCUCACGCACUUGGGCGCUCUGGAAGCCACGACCGCUACGACAAUGGUCAAGGGUAUUGAAAAGACCGGGACCGUUGGUGGCAAGAUUACGGCACUUGGGCGGUCCAUGUCGAAUUACCCGGUCACGCCGCGAUUCGCGAAGAUGUUGGUAAUCGGCCAUCAGCACGGUUGUAUGCCGUAUGUCAUCGCGGUGGUUGCGGCUUUGUCAGUGGGGGACCCCUUCUUGCGGGAGGAAAGCUUAGGUUUCCAGCCAGGCGAAGAUGAAGGAGAACAGCAAGAUCUCGAGAGCGAGAUACCCGAGAUUAGCCACAUCAAGAGCGGCGACAUUCGAGAAAGGGAAGAGCGCAAGGCGAAGCGUCGAGCCUUUUUCAAAGCGCAGCAGCGGUUCGCUACUCUAGGAAACGGAAGCAGUGAUCUGUUCAAACUCAUCGCCCUGAUCGGGGCUUACGACUUCGAGGGGAGUUCACCUACUUUCUGCCAGCGCAAUUUUGUUCGAGCCAAGGCGGUCAAGGAGAUUCAGCAGCUGAGGCAACAGAUCACCUCGAUCGCGACACAACAAACACCAUCUCUGACGAUGCCGGCCAAAAUCAAGCCACCUAGCGAUCUACAGAUGAAGGUUUUGCGACAAAUUCUCUGCGCCGGGUUCAUCGACCAAGUUGCAGUUCGGGCGGAUCUCGUAUCGAAAAACAAACCUGGCCAAAGAUACGAAAACACCCGUGGAGUCGUCUACAAAGCUGUUGGAGUAUCGGACGAGACCUUCAUUCACCCUAGUAGCGGCAUGUUUGGGGGUUCGCCACCAGAUUGGAUUGUCUUCAGCGAGGUGGUACGGACGAGUCGAGUGUGGUUGAGGACCGUCACGAAGAUCAAUCCAGCAUGGUUGCCCAACCUUGGAAAGUCUUUGUGCACUUUUUCGCGGCCAUUAGAGAUGCCAUCCAGCAGCCUUACCUCGAAGAGUUCCACAAUUAAGAAAGGGCAGGACGCAGACACGCGAGAGGCCUUCGUGACGCCGCAUUAUGGAGAUCUCGGCAUCGACCUACCUAUCGUCAAAGUAAUGCAGAAGAAAGAUAGAGGUCGGUGGAUUACGCAAAUAUAGAUGUCCUGCGAUGAAAAAGUACAAGGCGGUUUGAUAGACUGUUGCUGUGCGACUAGGGUCGAGCGAGUAUGUAGCCAUAGCAUGUAUUCAUGUAGCGAGUCAACGCCCAAUUGUUACCGUGUACGUAAAAAAGGUGCCGAUACCGGAUGCAGAUUAUUUCGGGCGGUG